GGCCAGGCGCGGCCCCUUUGGCUCCGAGCUGACCCUGGUUUGGGCAGUGUCGUCUCGGCGGCGCUGCGGAGACCUCCAGCCAGGACGGCUCACCCUCCCCGGGCCACUCUCCUCUCGCCCCGGAGUCCCCUCGCUUUACAGGCCUCUCGGUUCUGAUAUCGUGGGGUGAGGUGAGAGCAGGCCCGGGGAGGGUGAUUACUGCUGAGAAGCUGCAGUCACUAUCAAGAUGAUAGAGGUUCUGACAACAACUGACUCUCAGAAACUGCUACACCAGCUGAAUGCCCUGUUGGAACAGGAGUCUAGAUGUCAGCCAAAGGUCUGUGGCUUGAGACUAAUUGAGUCUGCACACGAUAAUGGCCUCAGAAUGACCGCAAGGCUAAGGGACUUUGAAGUAAAAGAUCUCCUUAGUCUAACUCAGUUCUUUGGCUUUGACACGGAGACAUUUUCUCUAGCUGUGAAUUUACUGGACAGAUUCCUGUCUAAAAUGAAGGUACAACCCAAGCACCUUGGUUGUGUUGGACUGAGUUGCUUCUAUUUGGCUGUAAAAUCAGUAGAAGAUGAGAGGAAUGUCCCACUGGCAACUGACUUGAUUCGAAUUAGUCAAUAUAGGUUCACAGUUUCAGAUUUGAUGAGAAUGGAGAAGAUUGUAUUGGAGAAGGUGUAUUGGAAAGUCAAAGCUACUACUGCCUUUCAGUUUCUGCAACUCUAUUAUUCACUCAUUCAAGAGAACUUGCCAUUUGAAAGGAGAAACAACCUUAAUUUUGAAAGACUAGAAGCUCAACUUAAGGCAUGUCACUGUAGGAUCAUGUUUUCUAAAGCAAAGCCUUCUGUGUUGGCAUUGUCUAUUAUUGCAUUGGAGAUCCAAGCACAAAAGUGUGUAGAGUUAACAGAAGGAAUAGAAUGUCUUCAAAAACAUUCCAAGAUAAAUGGCAGAGAUUUGACCUUCUGGCAAGAACUUGUAUCCAAGUGUUUAACUGAAUAUUCAUCAAACAAAUGUUCCAAACCAAAUGUUCAGAAGUUGAAAUGGAUAGUUUCUGGGCGUACAGCACGGCAACUGAAGCAUAGUUACUACAAAAUAACUCACCUUCCAACAAUUCCCGAAAUGAUUCCUUAAGUCUGUAAAUUUUGUUCAUGUUAUUCUCCAUAAAGAGAAAAUUUUCCAGUGCUAUAA